UUUUGCAAAGAUGGUCAAUGUGCCUAAAACCCGGAGGACGUUCUGCAAGAAGUGUGGAAAGCACCAGCCUCACAAAGUGACCCAGGGUAAGAAGGGCAAGGAGUCCCUGUAUGCCCAGGGAAAGAGGCGCUACGAUCGGAAGCAGAGUGGCUAUGGUGGGCCCACAAAGCCGAUUUUCCGGAAGAAGGCUAAAACCACCAAGAAGAUAGUGCUGAGACUUGAAUGUGUGGACCCCAACUGCAGAUCCAAAAGGAUGCUGGCCAUUAAGAGAUGCAAGCAUUUUGAACUGGGAGGUGAUAAGAAGAGAAAGGGUCAAGUAAUCCAGUUCUAAGCUUUGGAGUUCUCUUGUUACUUUUCAGAGGAAAAUGAAGCUACAGAAAA